CGAAGCAGCGGGAUAGUCGCGGUUACCACCGAAAGAAGUCCUCACUGCUACCAGUCUACCAUCACUGCUACCGUCGCAUGGAGGCGGACGGCGCCGCCGCCGCCGCGGCUACAAGGGGGAGGGAGGCAGAGAUCAUGGAGGCCCUCCGCGCCCGCGUCCCCUUCUUCAAGAAGCAGGCCGACUAUUUGACUCUUGAAGGUGUGAGGAGAACAUUGGAGAAGGACAUGGAUUUGAAGAUAAAUUCACUUGAUCCUCAUAAAAAGUUCAUUAGGCAAUGUGUAGACAAGGUGUUUUCUGGUUGUGACAAUGAGAAUACUGAUAAUGCAUCAGAGAGGGCUGAAGCUAAAGUGGAUAACUUAUCAGAAGAUGCCCAACCAAUGUCGGGCUCAAACAAAAUCUCCUCCAGUCCUGAUGAGCAGGGGGCAAGAUCCAGUGAAACCGAUAAAGACCCGGAGGGGUUGAAAAAUCACAGUUCUGGUAGUAAUAUCACCGAAGCUAUGAUAAAGAAAGCUAUUGACAAAAGGGCUUCCUAUUUUAGAGAGAACUCAGACGUGUUUGAUUAUUCAGCAUGUAUUCACAAAAUGAAGCAAUGCAGAACUCUUACUCUACUAGGAGUUCGACGGACUUUAGAAGAAGACCUCAAACUUGAGAGGAAAGCUUUGGAUGCUUUUAAGGAUUUUAUUACCAAAGAGUUAGAUAGAGUUUUGCAAGAACCUGAAAAUGGAACAACGGAUCAUAGUAAACAGGAGGCUUGCAAGGAUGCUGGUCAGAAAACAAGUAAAGGCUCUAAAAGAGCUCGUCAAGACUCUGAUACCUCUGAACUAAAUAAUAGUCAUAGUGAGAAGGAAGACAGUGAUGAGGAUAUAAGGCCAAUAAAGAGGGGGGCUGAAAAAGGCAGAUCUCUAAAACAGCAGAAAAAAUUGUCAACUCUCAAGGUUGAAAAGGUUGCAAAAAGAGACUAUAAAAGUGAUAAAGAUCAAGGUCAAAAUUCUGCAGAAGAUAAUCCCCUUUCAUCUGCUGUGAAUGAUAAGAAGGCAGCUCCAGCCCAUGGCAAACGAGUAGAACGUCUUAAGUCAGUAAUAAAAUCUUGUGGAAUGAGUGUGCCACCUUCUGUGUAUCGGAGGGCAAAGCAGGCCCCGGAGAGCAAGCGUGAGGCUUGUUUGAUAAAGGAGUUGGAGGAUAUACUUGAAAAGGAAGGAUUGUCUUCACACCCUUCUGAGAAAGAAAUUAAAGCAGUGAGAAAAAGAAAGGAAAGAGCAAAGGAUCUUGAGGGCAUAGACAUGAGCAAUAUUAUCACGAGUUCUCGUAGGAGAAAUGCAUCUAGUUUUAUACCCCUGCCAGUGCCUAAAAUUGAAGCUGAUAGUGACAGCGAUGAUGAUGAUGGUGAAGAGGAGAAUGUGGAGGGUGGAGAUAAAGGUGACGACGUCGAUGCAGAAGCUGGAGAUGGAUCUGCUGAUGAUGCUGGAAACGGGAGCGAUUGACUCUUGCGGCGUUACUACAAGGUAGAAGGAAGUAGUUCUGGCCUUGGCUGGUUCACUGUGGGCCGGGAUGAAGCCAGUUGUUCAGAAGUUACUUUCUGGCAUCUUAUUUAUGCUGCCGUUAAUAUGGUCACUACUAUAUUAUUGGCUGGGCAUAUUUAUUAGACUAAUACACUAGGCAAUCAUUGCUGUAGUCCCUUAACCUAAUGUAUAAUAUCAGGCGUGUUAUCUUGGCAGCUGGUUCAGAUUCGUGUGUUCAUGUUGUUCGAAAGCUACAUCAACAUUACCUUUGUUCGAAAACAUUACGUUUGUUCGAUGUGUGUGUGUGAUGACACGAGAA